GUAACGUAACGACGUAACGACGAAGCGAAUGUAUAUACAAACGGGAAAAUGAUAAAAGUACAAACGUAAAACGUAAACGCGAGAAACGUCUCACUCGCUCGUCAGCUCUCACUCGGUUCGGUUCAGUUAUCUAAAACCUAAAACUAAAUCUAAGACUAAACUGAAGCCCAAGGGAAUCGUCCCGAGACCGUAUUGAUCAAGUAGAAGAUCCUCGAUCGGACAAUUAAGGUGUUGAAAAGAAGCUGAAAAAUAGUGAAAAAUUGUUGCAAAGACCCCUCGAAACAAGUUAUAAGUUAUAUACAUACGCUUCUGUAACAAGAAUCUCCCAGAAUAAACAAAGCCCCCCCACAACAACAACAACAACAACAAAACAACAAACACACACACACACACACGCGAAAUGAGUGUCUGUGAGAGCAAAGCCGUUGUGCAACAGAUGCAGUUGCAGCAACAGGCCGCCGCCGCAGUUGCCGCAGCAGCCGCCGUUCAACAGCAGCAGCAGGCCGCCCAGCAGCAGGUUCAGGCGGUCCAGGCCGCCCAAGCCCAGGCCCAGGCUCAGGCCCAGGCACAGGCGCAGGCGCAGCAAGCCGUCCAGGUCCAGGUCCAGGUGCCCCAGGUGCCCCACCUCACCCCGCAGCAGCAGCAGCAGAGCACACAGAGCAUCGCCGACUAUCUGGCCCAGUUGCUCAAGGACCGCAAGCAGCUGGCCGCCUUCCCCAAUGUCUUCACGCACGUCGAGCGCCUGCUGGACGAAGAAAUAGCACGCGUGCGCGCCUCGCUGUUCCAGAUCAAUGGGGUCAAGAAAGAGCCGCUGACCCUGCCCGAGCCCGAGGGAGCCGUCGUCACGAUGAACGAGAAGGUCUAUGUGCCAGUCCGCGAACAUCCAGAUUUCAACUUUGUUGGUCGCAUUUUGGGACCCCGUGGCAUGACCGCCAAGCAACUGGAGCAGGAGACAGGCUGCAAGAUCAUGGUCCGAGGCAAGGGCUCCAUGCGCGACAAGAAGAAGGAGGACGCCAACCGCGGCAAGCCCAACUGGGAGCACUUGUCCGACGACCUGCACGUCCUGAUAACCGUCGAGGACACCGAGAACCGGGCCAAGGUCAAGCUGGCCCAGGCCGUUGCCGAAGUACAGAAGCUGCUAGUGCCGCAAGCCGAAGGCGAAGAUGAGCUAAAGAAACGUCAACUUAUGGAAUUGGCGAUUAUUAACGGCACUUAUAGGGACACAACAGCGAAAGCUGUCGCAGCUUUCUCAUGCGUUGGCUCUCCUUCUGCUUCUGUUCUGUAUCCCGCAGUGAGCGAUGAGGAGUGGCGUCGCAUGGUGGCCGUAUCCGACACCCGCCUGCUGACUCCCGCCGGAUUGCCGGGCCUGGCCGCCCAGAUCCGCACCACGCCCGCCGCCCCGCUGGGCGCCCCCUUGAUGCUGAAUCCCCGUAUGACCGUCCCGACCACGGGGGCCAGCAUACUCUCCGCCCAGGCCGCCCCGACGGCCGCCUUCGACCAGACCGGAAUGAUCUUCGCUCCGUACGGGGACGCCUACAACUACGCCGCCCUCGCCGGCAAUACUCUGCUCACGGAAUAUGCUGAUCAUAGCGUUGGUCGAUAUAUGCAUGCCGGCUCCGUCUUUUGAACUUCUCUCUAUCCCUCUCAAUAAUUUAUUCCUUGAUCGACAGAGUUAUGAAAACCUAGAGAGGAAAUCCAUUUCAAUUGUUUAGCCUAAAGCUGUAGUUACAGUCACACACCCCACGCCCCACUGAAACAGAGUUAUACACCCACACGAAUGUAUAGACUGUACAUAAACAAUUUUAUAUCAUUACUUAGAGACAAAUUAAACAACAAAUUUAAGAGCAAACGGCAAAACAGCAACCGUGAAAAGCUAAAACAAAUAUCAAAAUAUGAAAUACUCAACCGAAAAAUGAAUUUGAAUCCACAUGAAAUAGAUGAAACACGUUGCUGUCAGAGAAACCGACUUAUUGGUUCUUCUGUAAUUAGAUGUUAGGUCUCAAAACAAGAAACAUUUCUGCAAUAUGCAAUAUUGGCAAAAAUAAGUGAUUUUUAGGCCCUUAAUUUUCGUAGUUCUUUUAAUUAUAUCUUAACUCUUAUUUAUGAUUCGACUUUGAUCGUUUGCUUCUAUGAUUUCCCCCAAGCAUACAUGAGUAUAUUCUAGUUGAGAACAGCAACCAGAGCAGCGACAGCCAAAGCAAGUUGUUGAUUUUCGUUUGGUUUUUUGUUUUUGAUCCCAUAAGUAUUCAAAUUAAUGAGGUCUAAACUUUCAACUUAGUUGCUGAGUUAACAAUUCGUUUUAUCCCGUUCUUUUAUCUUCUGAAUAAUAAGUUUUUUAUUUUAUUUUUUUUUUUAUUGGUGAGAGGGUCGAGUGUUAAGUGCAAUUUAGAUUUAUAGAUUUAUUUGUAGUGAGAGUUUGCGAGUUUAGGGGGACAGUAUUUAUGCACAAAUGUACCUUACGAAUAUAAAAUGAGAAAGAGAGAAGCCGUUUCAAUUUUUCCAGCCAGUGCCAUUUCUCGUCAAAACAGUACUUUGAACAGAAUUGCAGAAAGCUUUUUAAAAAUAUAUCUAUACUUGUAGACGUAACGUAUUUCUUAGAAGAGGAGCCUUGAAUCAAGUUGGUGCUUAAUCAAUUACUCGUAUUUCAAGUUAGUAUCUAAGUUUAGUCGAGGCUCUCCGGCAGCCGUCCAGGACCAGAAAUUGUACGCACGACUAGUCAGCAAGCUGGAAAAAUAACAAACUGCUAUAGGAACAAUGUGGGAACAUUUCAAGGAAUAAGGAAUCGUUGGCAGCCGUUAGCUUGAGGGCUUGAACAUUAUUAGGCUAAGCGGCUUGAAAAUCACUUAUUUUGUGUCAGGAAAUCAGAGAGAUUAAAACAUAUACCGAAUAAAACACAAAAGCGCACACAUUAUAACGACUCAUUCCAAAGAAGCAGAGAAUUUAAAUGUUACAAAGUAAAAAGUAAAAGUAAAAGUUAAAGAAAACAGAAACAGAACACAGGUGAAGAAAUGAUUUUUCCCCCUCAGUUGGCAAUUGGCUUGUAAGCAAAAAGUUCCAGCAAAGGCAGCUAAAGCAAAGCAAAGCAAAAGCAAGCUUCAGUUUGAGCGAGCAUACGUAUAUACAUAUUAUUGUAUAUGUUAUGAUGUACGGAAUAUUUAUUAGACCUAAGUGUAUUUUGUAGCGAAUAUGUUCACACUUAUUUAUACCUAUAUAAUCGAUAUGCAUAUAUAUACAAACCUAUAUCUACAUGUAUCGUAUCGUAUAUUUUAGUAGGCGCCAUUAAGCAGCAGCGUCGUUUGGCGGCUAACAGAGAACAUCCCUAUCAGCGAGCAACGGUCGGAGUGCCAGCCAAGCCGGCGGGUUUCAUUGAGAUACAGUAGAACCUCUGCGACAUAAAAUCAAACAAAACAGAAUAACCCUUUUAUUUCACCAUAUCAACCGAAGCAAUUUUAAAUCCUUUGUUUUUAACUUUAAUUUGCGAUGAAGACCAGAAACCGAGCCGACCAGAUUUGGUUGUCUGACUUUUAAAUUGUUUGAAGCGAUUUAGUUUAAUUUUCCAACUCCCGACAUUGGCUUAUUUAAUUUGAAAUUAUCGAAAACCCGCACCGCUGCUGUAUCUGUAUCCACAAUGAAAUCCCCGUCCGGAAACGUUGGCCAGGCCAGGCCGAUCUGCCCUGAUCAGAGUUCCCAAAAAAAGCAAAAGAAUUGUCAAGCGCACCGCCUCCACAG